AAGUUGUGCAAUAGGGAUUCAACAUUUCCGUGAAAUGUUCCAAGUCAUCAAUGUCGCCACCUUCACCACUAUCCAGACGCAAUAAAGGCUUCCGAUCUUCGGCAUAGGUCAUCUGAUAGGUAUCGGAAAACACCAUUAACGGAAUUAAAACGAAUCAGUUCUUCUUUUUGCGAAUUGAACAUCAUUCGUCAAUCAGUCAAACUUGUGAUUCUCGACCAAAAGAGUACAAGCUGUGAACAAGUUGCACGGAGAUCAAAAUGAUAGGUAUUAUAUUGUCAAGUUGACGAUGAAGGCGGGAAGUUGGAAGACUCUUCUCUACUUGAAAGGGAAAACACAAGGAAUCAAACUUUGCAUUGAUCCUGAACAUUUUUUGGAUGAUAAGCGUGCUCCAAUUUGCAAAGAGAAGUUCGAGUUGUACAUUAUGCCACGUAACGGACUUGUCAUUUGGCCAAAGAGUGGACGUGCUUCGAUGAUGGAACUGAAGCCUCGGGCAAUUGCGGAUGCAGAAAUCUAUGUAAUCGAAGUUGGAUUUGGUUAUGGAGAUAAAGUUAAUGGCAAACUUCCAGGAGAGUUUUAUGUGGCCAACAUGUUCCGUGAAGUCGUUGUAUCUGAUUCUGAGUGGUGGGAUGCAACAGCAGCAUCGAAAGUGGCAUUCUUCUUCGAAAAGUCUGAUGAUUUGAAAGAAAACAAAGGAAUCAUUUCUCAGAACAUUGAAAUCGGAAAAACCUUCAUCAGUAAAAAGGAUGUUGGCAAAGUGCAUAAGAUUGAUGGGGAGGGAGAAAGCGGAGACGAAACUGGGGAGGGAAAAGAAAAGCUUCUCGCUCCACCACCACCGAAGAUCGAACCAAACAUUCCAACAACAACCGUUCCGCCAGUUCGUUACAUUAAUAAUCCCGAUUAUCAAACUGGUAGCAACGAGGAGGAAAAUCCUAAUACAUAUACUCCUGGAAAGUGGUGGGCAUGGGGAUUAUUUGUUGGUUUCAUUAUUGGAUCACUUCUCGGGACUGUUAUUAUCGGUGGAAUUUUCUACGUUCUGAGAAGAACAGUGUAUGGAUUCUGGUACCGCGGCAUGUACAAACGUUACGGUUGUGAUGCUUCGGGAACAACUGGUGGAAUCACUGGAGUUGGAUUCGGAAACACUACAACCGGAGCAAUUACCGUUGGUGGAACCACGGGAGGCGCAACAACAGCCGGAACUACUGGUGGCACUACUGGAUCAUCUACAACAACUGGAGGUGCCAGCACCAUUGCAAUGUGAACUCUCUUUUGAAUACUUGUGUUUUUUGAUACCUAUAAAAGUAUUUUAGAUGAU